AUGCCAACAGUCUUACUUCCGUCAUCGGCUGCGGCCUUCGCGCCGCGGUCCUCGCCCAAUGUAGUGCUCAACACCAAGGUUGCACCAUGGCUGACGGCCACAUUGAAGCGAGUCAACCGGGUCAAGCGCCCUCUGAACAACGUCACCCAGCAUACUCGCUGUCUGACCGAGACGCUGUCAUCGCAGAAUGCGAUCUGGACCCUAUGUUCGAUGAUGUUUCCCAAAGCCCCCGAGGCCGAGUUAAAGAAGGAUGAGAACCCGCUGGUGGAAGGCCUCUUCAACUACCAGAUGAUCCACAUGGAGGCCUACGUCGUUCACGUCGAUAUGGUGUCGCGGAACGAGGUGGCAUUCAAGUUAACCCCGGAGACGAUCGAAGCCCUGGUGGACUAUCACAAAGAUAUCUACUCGGUUGACGCCGCCGCCAAUACGUGGGACUGGUCAGGGAAGCAGAGCCAACUGAAGAAAUUACAGGAGGAGUUUGUCCAAGCCGCUAACAAGUUCGUCUUCCGGACGAAGGUCGAGGCCCUCGAGGGACUGGAAGAGGACGGAGCCGGGGAGCUGCUGUGCGGACUGAGCGAGGAGGCCAAAUCAGCCAUCACGAGUCUCUUCGUGCCGCUACUGCCUCCUCCUCCACGGGUGGUGGACGUUAUGCGACCAGUGCCUCUGCUGCCCAGUUCGACUGGCCCCGAGACCUGGUGGCACACCCCUCUACCCCAGUCUGCGCCUCUCGAGUCGUGGAAAGUACUUCCGCCCAGCCCAUCCCCGGCGACGACCGAUGAUUCUAACCCGAAUCUAUGGGCUAGUCUGAAUUUCAGUGAUGCACAGUUGCCAUCGCCGACUCCCUCCUACUCUCCCAGCCCUUCACCACCACGCCGUACUCCGUGCCCUACUCUGCGCCUUAUACUGCCCCUUCCAGCACCUACAACCGUGCAGCACGGCCGCGAACCUGUUCAGCUGGGGAGACUUCGCUGCGCUGCCUUACGGCACCACGAUUUAGAGCUCUGCUCCGUGAGGUGUAAAGACUUUGGUGGUCUCGACUCCUUAUCAUCGCCGGGCGAUGAAAGCUCCCGCGGCUCCAGGUUAUCUCCAACGUUGAUCGUUGAGACCUUGGACCAGCGACCUGAAAUCCUGUAA